AACAUUCUCUGAAUCGAGUUAGGCACGGUUUUUACUCCGUUCAUAGCGUUUCUGCCUUUUUUUUCUCCAUCACUAGCAGCUUCUGGGUGAAAUUUAAAUAUAGACGGCUCAUAAUCAGGAUGUUGCAGAUCAUUUGAUGGUUUCCCUAAAAAAAAAGUGUUGCUAUUAUUUUUUUUUAAAAAUUAUUAUGAAAAAUUAUUAUUUUAAAAAGUAUGUUAGAAAUGUCUUCAAUACAUGUUUGCCGCACCCCUCUACCAUUAAAAAAUGGUACCAGGCCAUUGAUGGCUCGCCAGGUUUUUCUGUACCAGCUAUAAAUGCCUUAAAAAUGAAAGUGGCAGAGGCAAAAGCUGCGAAGAAGCCAAUUAUCUGUGGCAUGAUCACUGAUGAGAUGGCUAUAAGGCGCCAUGUUGAAUGGGAUGGCAAAAAAUUUAGUGGCUAUGUAGAUUUUGGAACUAACAUCAAUGACGAAGAUCAGUUCACGGAAGCUAAAGAGGCUUUCGUUUUCAUGCUUAACUGCCUUAAUGGAAACUGGAAGAUACCGAUUGUGUAUUUUUUUAUUGACGGAUGUGAAAGGGCAAAUCUCAUUAAAAAGGGCAUUGAAUUUGUUUCUGAUGUAGAAAUUGAAAUUGUCAGCUUGACAUUUGACGUGCUAGUGUUAAUUUGGCAACAGCCAAGAAACUUGGUGCCGAUUUUGACUUGGCCAACCUCAAACCAUUUUUUCCGCAACCUGUUACAGGCAAAAAUAUAUUUGUUCUAUUGGACCCUAGCCACAUGUUGAAAUUGAUUCGUAAUACUUUAGCUUCCAAAGAAUCAAUUUACCAUCCUAGGGAUGGUUUCAUUUCCUGGAAUCAAAAAUUCUAGCUGAAUUGCGAGAAUUUAGAGGUUAGGGAGAUUGCAAAAUGAAGAAGGUUUGCUUGCUGCCACAAAAUUUAAAAAGGUGCACAUUGAAUGGUACAGAGAAAAGAUGAAGGUACGUCUUGCUGCUCAGACAUUAAGUAACAGUGUUGCUGAUGCUCUGAAGUACCUUGAAAAGGACCUUAAACAUCCUGACUUUCAAGGAUGCGGAGCCACUGUAAAAUUUGUGAGGAUUUUUAAUAACCUCUUUGAUAAGUUAAAUUCUCGCAAUUUAGCCAGUAAAGGUUUUAAGAGUCCUUUGACUCUUAAAAAUGAAAAAGAAUUCUCUGCCUUCAUGGAGGAAGCAGAACUGUAUAUUGAAGAGCUGAGAACUGCUCCAGGUGGACCGCUGAUUCUUGAGAGCAAUCUCAGAACCUGUUUCUUCGGUUUUUUUUAAUUUGUUUAUAUAGCGUGUCAUCACUAUAUAAUUAUUUAAUUAAGGAGCCUGGAGCUAAAAUGUCUUUUUUAAUGACAUACAAGUUAUCGCAAGACCACCUAGAAAUGUUCUUCUCUGCCAUCAGAAGCAAGGGUGGGUUUAAUAAUAACCCAACUUGCAAACAAUUUACAGCUGCCUAUGUAAGACCAUUAUGUCACACAGAGAUCAUAAGUAGUGGCAAAGAGAACUGUAUGCCUUUAGACAGCAGUUCCAUUUUGAAUGCGUCAUCUGCUGUGAAUAUUAACAGUAAACACAUUAAUGAUGAGGAAAAUUCUGACAUAGAGGAAGAAGCUGAUGAUCCAGAAGUUCAUUUAAAUGAAUAUCUUUGUGAUGUUACGUCACAUAUUGCUGGGUUUGUUAGCCGUAAGCUGCAGAAAAAUGUCAAGUGUACUAAUUGUACUUCAGUUUUGACACUGAAAGAUGAAAUAUUACCACUCUUGCCUCAUUCAUCUAAUAGCCCUUCUUCCCUUCCAUUCAGCAAUUACAAAUUGACCCAACGAAAGAAUAAGGGUGGGUUAGUUUUUCCAUCCCUAGAUGUUGUAAAAAUUUGUAAGGUGGCUGAAAAAAUUAUCAGGAUGAUGCAACCUUCUGGGAGAUUACAUGUCAAGCAUGUUGUGCAAAAACUUAUUACUGGAAGCUUACGUUUCAUCAGCUCAAAUACAAUGAAUGGGGUUUUCAAUGAUUUGAAUGAACACUCUUACGAUCAAGGUCCAUUGAAUAACCACAAGAUUUUGUUGAUGAAGUCUGUUCUUUUUGAUUAUAUUAAAAUUCGCCUUUGCCACAUUGGGAAGCUGAAAACUCAAGAGUUACAAAGGAAUAAGUGCAGAAGCGUGAACACCAAAUCUAUUUUAUUUAAAGGGCAGUAAGGAAUUCAUUAGCGCCUGUGUCAAAUUUGGAAAAAGCUUCGACUUUGUAUAUAUCUUAAUUGUAUUUACUUAUGAUUUUUGUAUAUCCAGAUUACUUUUGUUUAUAUUAAAUGUUAUUAAAAAUGCAUU